AUUGCAAUUUUAUGGACAUGCUACAAAAGAUCAUUCCUGACCCACCAGGGUUUUUCAAGCUAAACGGAAUAUUAGAUUUAACUCUAUUUUUGGUGACAGGAAAUUCAGUCUUCUGACGUAAAUGUUGACAUAGCUACUCAACAUAAACUAGGCCAAACGAACUGCAAACUAUCUAAACAGGCGAUAACACAUAAACAGUGUAUAUACAGGCCGACAGGCCGCACAGAUAUUUAAUCACGGGACUAGACGGGAGGUCGAAAGAACAGGGAGGCCAUGUUGGAUUUUCAGUAAUCUGCUGUGUGAUCCCGGCGUCAGAAAUGCAUCCCCGGCGCAGUGCUCAGGAAGUCCUACUGUGUGACCUCUGUGAAACUGUCCCCCUACAGAGUCAUUGUGAAGUUUGUGAUGUAAAUCUCUGUGUUAACUGUGUAGGAAAACAUCUCUCAGAUUCCUCUAAAAAACACAAUGUCAUACCCUAUUUACAAAUAAAGUCUACUCCAAACUACCCGAGAUGUUCGAAACACGCUGACAAACACUGCGAACUUCACUGUGACAAAUGUGAUAUUCCUGUCUGUUCUACAUGCGCCUUAUUUGGUGAACACAAAGGUCACGAUGUAUCAGAUGUUCUGGAAAAACUCAAAAUUAAAACACAAAAUUUACAAAAAGAUCUGGAAGAAAUAGAAACCAAAAUUUAUCCCCGAUAUGAAGAAAUGGCGUCCGAUAUCCAAACUGAAAAAGCCGAAAUAGAAACAAAUUACGGAGAAUUGACAGCAACUGCCGAACAAGAAGGUGAAAGUUUACACCAGGAGAUCACCGCUAUUGUCAACCGACGGAAAUCCGACAUUCAGGAGAUGAAAAACAAACACCUAUCUACCCUGAAUAAAAAUACAGAUGAAAUCACACAGAAAAUUACUGAACUCAACCAGAUCAUUUCCGACUUGAAAUCAAUCCUAAAAUCAAAUGACGUCUCAUUAACCUCUACUUACAAAUCUAGGAAUUCUGAAUUUAGAACAUUACCGUCUAAAGUUCGAGUUACAAUACCAAGAUUUUCUGCUCAGAAAAUAAACAAAGAUCAACUCAAUGAAAUGUUUAGUUCUCUGUCGCCAUUAUCCAUUAACACAGAACAUGGCGACACAAUGAAGUCAGCAGAAGCUGUAUUGUCUCCUCCAGUCAAACCACUGCUUGAUGACCCGCGCCUCACCGCCGCCAUAGACACUGGGUAUAACAAUCUAUACAGUGUUAGCUGUCUGAGUGAAGAUCAAGUCUGGACACUCGGGGCUAACAAAACCAUGAAGCUUCUCAACCUCCAGAGUAAACUACUGACAUCAAUACAAACCAAGUCAGGGAACGCACCGCGGGACGUAGCAGUGACACGGGACGGAGAUCUUGUUUAUACCGACACUGUCGAUAAAACUAUAAACCUUGUUAAAAAUAAACAGAUACAUACCGUGAUCACACUACAAAAGGGAUGGAUACCCUUUAGACAGGUGUGGAAACCUUGCUAUGUCUGCUGUACCGCGUGUAACGAUCUCCUGGUUACCAUGGUCAGUGAUGAUGACAAACAAUCCAAAGUCGUGCGUUACUCUGGCUCCACAGAGACACAAAGUAUUCAGUUUGAUGAUGAGGGUCGUCCUCUCUAUUCAUCUGUUGGUUACAUCAGUGAGAAUAGGAACCUGGAUAUCUGUGUGGCUGACAAUAAAGCUAGAGCAGUAGUGGUGGUCAAUCAGUCAGGAAAACUCCGAUUUAGAUACACUGGUCAUCCCUCUAAUACCAAGCAAUCAUUUGAUCCACACGGCAUCAAUACAGACAGCCAGAGUCACAUCCUGACAGCAGAUUGUCCCAAUAACCGUAUCCACAUCCUAGAUCAGGACGGACAGUUCCUCCGUUACAUUCACUGUGAUUUAGAGUUUCCAUGGGGUUUAUGUGUGGACAUCAGAGACAACUUCUUUGUGGCUGAGUGGUUCACUGCUGAAGUGAAGAAAAUCCAAUAUCUAUAAACACAGUGUUAGUUACACCACAGCUCUACACAGUGUUAAUUACACAGCUCUACAGUGUUAAUUACACCUAUCAAAACGGUGUUAAUUACACAUAUAUACAGUGCUAUCUACAUCAGUGUGUUGAUUACAACUGCUUGUUAAUUACAGUUCCUUGUUAAUAACAUCCCUGUGUUAAUUACAGCCCUGUGUUAAUUACAGUCCUGUGUACACUACAGCCCUGUGUACAUUACAGUCUUGUGUUGAUUACAGUUCCUUGUUAAUUACAGCCCUGUGUUAAUUACAGCCCUGUGUCUGUGAUUUGUAAUUAACAUGUACUUGUGUUUGUGAGUUUAACUGAUAGAACAUUAGUCUCUCACUGCUGUUUACUAAUUAUAUCUUAUCUGUAUCAUUAUGUUAAGUGCAACAGUAUUAAUUUUAGUACACUAAUUACUAAUUUGACUGAGGUACUAGUUAUUCAUUUUUUUUUACAAUCUUCGCAACACAUGUGAUUCACUUACUUACUUAUCCUCUUCGUCCCCGGUGGGACAUAAGGCUUCAACAAGUUGUCUCCAUCUAGCUCUGUCCUUGGCAAUAUAUUGUGCCUGUCCCCAUGAGUAGCCCAUUUCCUCAAGUUCUGAUGUUACGGUUCUCCUCCAGGUGGUACGUGGUCUGCCUCUUUUCCUCUUUCCAGGUGGUGUCCAGUGUAGAGCUACUUUGGGAAUCCUGUUCUGGGGCAUUCUCAUUACGUGACCAAGCCAUCUCAUUCUUCUUUGUUUUAUCUCUGUGCUGACGUUCUUGCUUUUGCACCUUUGGUGUAGGAUUUUAUUGAACACACCUUAAUGAAUGUUAAUCAGUUAUUGUGAAGUACUUAGGAAUUUCACUGAUGGACAAUCACUACUGAGUACUUAUAUGUAUGUAUAUACUUGUUUUAGUGUGAUGUACUAUUGUACAAGCACUACUGAGUACUUACAUGUAUGUAUAUACUUGUUUUAGUGUGAUGAACUACUGUACAACCACUACUGAGUACUUACAUGUAUGUAUAUACUUGUUUUAGUGUGAUGAACUACUGUACAACCACUUCUGAGUACUUACAUGUAUGUAUAUACUUGUUUUAGUGUGAUGGACUACUGUACAACCACUACUGAGUACUUACAUGUAUGUAUAUACUUGUUUUAGUGUGAUGUACAACCACUACUGAGUACUUACAUGUAUGUAUAUACUUGUUUUAGUGUGACGAACUACUGUACAACCACUACUGAGUACUUACAUGUAUAUAUAUACUUGUUUUAGUGUGACGAACUACUGUACAACCACUACUGAGUACUUACAUGUAUGUAUAUACUUGUUUUAGUGUGAUGUACAACCACUACUGAGUACUUACAUGUAUCUAUAUACUUGUUUUAGUGUGACGAACUACUGUACAACCACUACUGAGUACUUACAUGUAUAUAUAUACUUGUUUUAGUGUGAUGUACAACCACUACUGAGUACUUACAUGUAUGUAUAUACUUGUUUUAGUGUGACGAACUACUGUACAAACACUACUGAGUAGUUACAUAUAUGCAUAUACUUGUUUUAGUGUGAUGUACAACCACUACUGAGUACUUACAUGUAUGUAUAUACUUCUUUUAGUGUGACCAAUUGAACAUUAUUCUCUGUGUUAGUUAUGUCUUUAAUAUGUGCUUAUUUUUUAAUUCAAUGUAUAUAUUAGAUAAACAUGAUAUAGAA